AUGGCUCGAACCCGUUUUGGGAAUGUUCGUCGCGCUGGAGCCGAAGGUGGUAGACGUGGGCGUGUUGGCACUCGAGGCAGAGGUCGUGGUCGACGAAGUGAAACUGUUAGUCCCUCUCCCGACCCCAUGGAGGUUUCUGAAUCGAAUAAUAAUCCUCUGCCACUGGCCGAAGGAAAUUUGAAGGAAGCAGAGGAUGAUGCUGUUGCACAAGCCCUACAGUCCUUGAAUGAAAAAUCGAAGGUUCUAGAGGAAAAUGUUUCUCCAAAUGAAGGAAUCAUCACUGGAAAUGAAGUUGCUACUGCUGUUGAAGAUGAGCCUCCAACUAUUGUUGGCGAAGCCCCCAUUGAAGAACUCGAAAAGGUUGCUGAGGAGCCCCUGGUUACUGAAGAAGUUCAAAAUGCUGAUGAAGCUGAGGAAGUUGUUCCACAACAUGUUGCUGAACAUAAGGUCCCUAACACACAGAUGGAUGAAGUGGCUGCUGAAGAAGAAGUUCCUACGGAACAAGUUGUUCAUGGUGUUGAAACAGAAGGUACAAAUCUUGAGCCUCGUUCUUCUUCUGAAGAUCUUGAUGCUCUCAUUGACAGGGUCGUGAGUCAGCUUCCUUCUCAAGAUAAUGAGUCAUCUUCCAAAAUGUCUGGACCAGACACAGUCCCUGAAUCUCCGUUACCUGGAAAAAUGGUGGAAGGUAGUGAUGAGGUUAUUACGACACCAGAACAACAACCAUAUGCAGAACAGGCCGCGGAGGCUGAGUUUACUCCAUCCUCGUCGAAGAGACAACCCUCCAAAAAGAGGAAGUUGUCUGCUGGUGUUCCAGGGUCUUUUCGAAAAAGGCUCAAACGAUCUUUUUCAAAGAAAGUCAUAAAGGGAAAGAAGUCCAAAACUCGUCAGAAGGCUCUCAGAUCUCAUUGCAUUACUGCGGAACAAUCUAUGGAUACUACACACUUUGAUGAUCUUGCUGAAGUGUUUGAGUACGACAUUCUCGCAAACCGAAAAUUUGUGGUUGAAAAGCAAUUCACAAGCAAUGAGCAUUUAGAGGUUGGUUUUUCCGAUUAUCUGCACCGGAAAGGAUUGUUUCACUGGGCUGUUAAACUACGGAAGUACUGUCCAAAAUUGGUCAAGGAGUUUUACGCUAACCUUUCUGCUCAUGUCUUAGAUGAAGACUCUCCCUGGUUUCACAAAGCUUAUGUGCGUGGCAAGGUUUUUGAGCUAAGCCCGCGCGUCAUAAACAAGCUGUUAAAACUCCCUCUUGACAAUCCUGAAGAGCUACCCUCUGAUCUUCUGAAAGACUCCACGAGAGAUGUUGCCCUGUUCCUGUCCUCACGCAAGUCAGUGGACUUUGGUAGAAAAGGAUUCAGUGCCACUGAGCUUUCACUGAGAUUUCAAUGUCUUUUCCGUCUCUGCGCCAAGAACAUUUUUCCAACAAGCAAUGGAACCAAUAUUGGUUCUGAAAUGGGUAAACUAAUGUAUUCCAUCGAUCGCUUUUGUCCUAACAUUAACUUUGGUUUUGUUGUGAUGUCAAAAAUGGUCAAGUUCUCACGAGGCCAGAAGUCUGAAGGUACGAACUUACCGUAUCCUGCUUUGAUCACACUGCUAUUGAAGAAGAACGGCAUUGUCCCUGAUCCUACUGAGGACGUCAUCAACAUUGAGGUGUUUCAACCCAAACCUAAUAUCCUCAGUCUGCACAACGACAUCACCGAAGACAUCCUCUGUAAUGCAACCGAACAGCUUCUUGAAGCCCGACGGAUUCUUCAAGAAGUUGUGCAAGAACAAGCUGCCAUCCGUAUCACUCUAGGUGAGCAUCGUCAGAAAAUCAUCCGUGCUGUUAACCUUAUGCCGAAGAUUGGUUCGGUUCUUGCUGACGAAGGGGAGGACCCUUCGCUUGUCUAA